AUGUCUGAAUUUUCUUACCCGUCAAAGAAAACAACUCCUCACAACUUCUCUAUUCUUCUUCUCUCUGACUUUCAUCUCUUCUGUUCAUUUGCCAUCUCUCACCCUCUCUACUUCUCUUACCUCAUCUUCUUCUCUCCUUACCUUCUCAAACUCCUCUCCUUCCUUUCUCCUCUCUUCAUCACCACCUCUCUCCUCGUACUCCUUGUUCUCUUCACUGUCUCUCCUGAUACUGUCAGUGACAGCAGUACUAGUCAUCCUGAGUUGUCUGAAUCCAAGGCGAGUUUCCUUCUGUCUGCAUAUAAAACCAUUGUAGAUAAAUUAAGGUCUGAAGUAGAGAAUGAGGACCAUGAGUUCUACUGCUUUGAGGAGCUUGAAGUGUACAAGAUUGUGUUUGAGACCUCUGAUCCUGAAAACAGAGAAAACCCAGAUGAAGUCUUGGAAAUGGGAGAUAAGGAAGAUCCUCUAGCAAGUUCAGAAACACAAUCUGACAAGUAUUUCGAUCCUGAAGGUUUUGAUGGUGAUCUGGGUGAAAAUUCAGUAGUAGGAGAUAGUCAGAGCUUAAGGGGAUUCUUGAAUCAGAAGCAAGAGUUGGAAGAUCUCUGCAAAAAGCAAGAAAAGGAAGUCAAACCACUCGGUGUUGAGUCCAAUAAAGUCGAAGAAACAUCCGUGGUAAGCGGAUCCAAUGCAGUAGGCAAUAAAAUAAUCAGUGAAGCAAAAGUGAAUGUCUAUAAUGGUGAAGACUAUGCAAAUUCUACAAAAUUAGGAGCUGAUCUUUGGAGUACAAAUGGUGAUUACUCAUCCAAAGUGAUUGAGAAUUCUGAAAUGAAUCUUGGGAGUUCUGGGUCGAUGAGGAAGGAAAAAGAGUGGAGGAGGACAUUGGCGUGCAAGCUUUUGGAGGAGCGGCACAAUGUCGAUGGAUCAGGUGGUGGUGGUGGUGGUGAAGGGAUGGAUAUGCUUUGGGAGACAUAUGAGGCCAAUGAUUCAACAAAAGUGCAGACAAAGAGUGACAAAAAGAAGACUAGUACUAAUGGCAGAAGUAUUAAAGAGUGUUGUGAGGAUGAAGAAGAGGAAGAUUAUGAUGAUGAGCAAUUAUGUUGCUUACAAGCUUUGAAGUUGUCAGCUGGGAAGAUGAAUUUGGGUAUGGGAAGGCCUAAUCUUCUCAAGAUUUCUAAAGCUUUCAAAGGCAUUGGAUGGUUGCAUCAUCUCACCAAGAUUCGCAAGAAGGCUUACCAUUGA